AUAAAGCUAUUAUUAGUAGCCUAGUGGUAUUAAAGAACGUACGGGAGUCUCUUAUUGAGUUGUGUUUUUGAGGUUAAUUUACAAAAAUUGAAAAGAAGAAAGUUAGGUUAUUCGCGAAAGAACAAUUUAUGAACAAUCAAAAAAAUGUUUCUUAAGUCUUGCAGGCACCUGUUCAUUUUCAACAAAGACCUUCUGUUUACGAGAUUUUGUACACAAGCUGCCAACGAGUUAAAAAAUUCAGAAUUAUGUGUCGAGACGGCACAGUCAAAAUUAUUAAAAGUGGCAAUCCUAGGCCUGCCUAACGCCGGAAAAAGCACAUUUAUCAAUAACCUCAUGGACAGAAGGGUUUGUCCCACUUCAUCCAAAGUUCACACAACUAGGAAUAAAACCAUGGCUAUAUUCACCGAGGAGGACUCGCAAAUAGUGUUUCUCGACACUCCCGGGCUCGUAAGCGAUAGUGAAAGAAAAAGGUAUAAACUGGAGUCUACUUUUGUUAGAGAUUCCAAGGAUGUUUUGAUGGAGGCUGACAUAAUAGGUGUAAUACAUGAUGUUUCCAACCAUUUUUUGCGUGAUAAAUUGGACAUAAAAAUUAUUAACUUACUUGAAAGCCAUCGAGACAUAUGUAGUUUUUUAGUUUUUAAUAAGGUGGAUUUACUCAAGUCCAAGAGAAAGUUACUGGAUCUGACAAGGUUGUUAACUGAGAAUUGCAUCAAUGGCAAACCCAUUGCUGGUACCCAAAAAACCAAGAAAUGUGAACAUGAUUACAGGGGUUGGCCAUAUUUUCAAGACAUUUUCAUGGUGUCUGCACUGACAGGAGAUGGGAUUUCUUCUGUCAAAAACUAUCUGGUGAAACAAGCAAAGCCAUCAGAAUGGAUGUUCCCAAAAAAUGUAUGGACUGAUCAGUCUGCUGAAGAAAUAAUUUCAAAAUCAGUUCAGGCAACUUUGCUUGACUACUUACCUCAAGAAAUUCCCUAUCGUUUAAAAAGUGAAAUAGAGUUUUUCGACAUUAGCAAAACAGGCAUUAUUAGUACAGUUGUAUUAAUUCAUUGUCCAUCAGAGAGGGUAAAGACCCUAAUAGGUGGUGCUUCAGAGGGUCGACUUAGGCAAAUGACAGAGACUGUACAGGAUGCUUUACAAAAUACUUUUAAGAGCCAUGUUAGGAUAAAACUAGUCUUGGUACCUCCUAAGAAAGAAGAUGCUGAAUAAAUUUUAAUAAAUUGU